UAUCUGCCACGUCAUUUGACGCAGAACUCGCCUCCGUAGACCAGAAUGCAGUGACCGGAGAUGGUCUGUCCGUCUGUCCUUCCGUGGCCCGUCCCAACGUCCAACCCAGCGGACGUUUCCGGGUGACCCUGCGCGCGCGCGUGUGUGUGUGUGUGCGUGCGUGCGCUCUCGGAUCCAGUGGCCCCUGUCCCGUCCAGCUAGACCAAGCGCGCGGGAGGGUCAUGCCAGUCCCGGCGAUGGCUCAUCCCGUGGUGGACCACCAGAGACGGUUUCAGGCCGCUGUGGAUGUCAUCCAUAACCUCCCCAAAGAUGGUUCCUACCGUCCGUCCUAUGAGGUCAUGCUGCGUUUCUACAGUCUGUACAAGCAGGCCGUGUGUGGGCCUUGCUCAGUGCCUCGACCCGGCUUCUGGGACCCGGUGGGUCGCUACAAAUGGGAUGCCUGGAGACGCCUGGGAGAGAUGAGGAGCGAGAGCGCCAUGGCAGCAUAUGUGGACGAGAUGAAGAAAGUGGCACAGGAGGUCGUCGACACCCUGCCCAUGAACGAGAAAACGGCCUCGCUCUUCCAUCACUUCGAGCCCCUCUACCUGGUGGUUGACGACAUGCCACGCCCCCCAGGGUCUCUCCUCGCACUUGGAGCGGGUCUUAAAGGCAGUGUGGAGGUGGAGGGUGUGGAGCCGGCCCGCGAUGAAGAUACCCAUCCAGAUGAGGAGUCGGUAGGCCUCACUGAAAGCAGCAUCCCUAAUGGUUCCGGUGAGGGUUUGGCCUUGACCAGUGACUCAGAGAGCGAGAUCUUCUGCGACUCUGUGGAUUCAGUGGAGCAACUCGGCAAUGUCAAGAUUCCUGUGGUCAAGAUCAACGGUUUCCACGGCGCCCAUGUGUCCCUGGAGUCGGCUCCCGGUCAGAGCCACCAGCCAGAGGGCAUCCUGGGGGUGCGGCAGGUGGGGGCGGGUCAAGGUGGAGAAGGGGCGGAGGACGGAAAUGGUCCAGGUCCAAACAGGAGGGGUCGAGACACCGGGAGGGAAGGCUCCCUCCACAACUGGAGAGAACGUGGCGUUCCUCAGGGCCGAAGAUGGGGGGGCCCCACCGGCGGGGGAGGAGGGGCCGGUCGAGGAGGAGGGGACGGUUCAGAGGGCGGAGUAGAGCGGCUGCACGAUGCCCAGCUGCAGCAGCAGAUCAUCCUGGCCCUGCGGAGGCUCAGGGAGGACAUGAGGAGCGUGAUGGAGCGGCUGGAGGUGGUGGAGAGGCUCGCCGCCACACACGCGCAGAGCUCGCCGUGGCGCUCGUGUCUACAGUGUGAAGCCGCUGCCUCCAAGCAGCAGGAGGACAGGUGGUGGCUGUUUGACGUGUCGGGUCAGGCCGUCGUGCUCUUCCUGCUGUGGCCCUUCGUCGCUCAGGGUCUGGUGUCCCUGCUGAGGAGAGCCCAGCGGAGGAGUCGCACGUCGUCCUGAGCCGCCGGAGCAAGACGGCCAAUCUUGUUCUUAAAAUAGGAAUUCCAGGGGGGGGGGGGGGUUCUCGGCCCUCCCUCACACGUGCACUGAAACCAAGGGACCUCCCGCCUCCUCAGAGAGGAGACGCACCACCCGGUGGAGGGGCCCGCCUCUGGAUCCAGAGACCCGCCCACUCACUGCCACACACACCUCUCUUUGACGGAUUUUAGUAUGGAAGCUGAUCAUGAGUGUAAAUUAUUGGUUAUUUAAUCCUUGUAAGAUAUAGUCAUCAUGCUCCAUUUACUCAUGGAUUCACCAUGAUAACACCUCAUCACUUCACAGGAAUGAACUCUAACCCAAUUGAAUUGUUGGCCUCAGAUUGUUAGUCAGUCUCUUUUCACUGCUCCGUAUGCUAACGGGACAAUAAUUCCUUCAUGAUCGGGUCCUCUGAGAUGAUGAAUGUCACUGAGGAUGUGACUGCUCAUUCAUGUAUAAUACUAGUGCAUGAGCUCUAGGAAUAAAUCUUUAAUGAAUAGAAGGUGGUGGUUUUGUCUUGGUGGUAAACGGACAGUGUAGAGGCACCAAUACAGGCAAUAAAUUAUUGUAAAUACAUUAUAUACUGGAAUGAUAACUUCUGCCUUGACAGUUGUUAUGCUACUCUAUUUUAUUAAUUCAAAAAGACGCUGUAUACAUCACAGCUCAAAUAAAAAAGGCUUAAAACGGUAUACAUUGCAUAUUAAUGCGUUGAAUUAAUGAAAGGAUUUAUAGAACUAUCAUGAAUUGGUGAGUGAGAUACUUUGUUUGUGAGUGUGUUGGAAAUAUAUUCAGAGAUCCUCUGGAUGUGACGUAAAGAACUUAAUUCCUUUUCUGUGAUGAAUCCAAUGGCAUUCCAGACUGCAAUAAAAGUUUAAUAGGAAUAAUGUA